UUCCAAAAACCAAAGUCACAUUAAAAAAAAAAAAAAGCCAAAAACAGAGCAACUUCUCAAGAGUUUACCCAACGUAAACCAUUCCAAAAAGGAGAAAAAAAAACCCACAAAAAAAUAAUAAAAAAAUGAAGAGAGAGAAAACAGGGAAUAAUCACUGCCUGGUGGAGGAGGACGAGGAGGGUGAGUCUGGAGAGAGAAAGUUUUAAGUUUUAAGAGAGAGAAAUGAAAAGGGUAGGAGGAGGUGGGGAAGGGGGAGCAGAAAAGGAGGAAAAUUUGGGAGAAAAGUUAAGGAGGAGAGUGGUUUUGGUAGGGAAAAGAGAGGGGCCCUGUACUCCAGUAGCGUCCUCAUGGAGACUUUUUUCACUUUCUGGCCAUCAAACCUUCAUUAAAGACCCUUCUUUUACUUCUCAACCUCCCAUUACUGCUGCUUCUUUUUCUGUCUCUGUUAGAAAGCUAGGAGCUGCUCUUUGGGAGCUUCAGCAAUACUUGCCUCUUGCUAAAAUGAACCGGGGUGUGCACAAUAAUGGUGGUCCUCCUCCUCCUAGGCUGCGUCACCACCUACACCCUCAUCAUCACCUUCAUAGAGGAGACAAGGCUGCUCUUGACCUUUCUAACUUUCUGGCUGAUAACUCUCCCAGCUCUCCUGAACAGCCAGCUAGUGCAGGCAGUUUGAGGAGGCAUGUCGCCGCAUCAUUGAUGCAACACCAUCGAACAAUUGAAAGGAGCAAUCAUCACGCCUUGCAACCUGUAUCUCCAGCAAGUUAUGGUAGUUCUUUGGAGGUGGCACCUUAUAAUCCUGCCAUUACUCCUACAAGCUCUUUAGAUUUCAGGGGAAGAAUUGGUGAAUCACAUUAUAAUCUUAAAACAUCCACCGAACUUUUAAAAGUAUUAAAUAGGAUAUGGAGCUUGGAAGAACAGCAUGCCUCCAAUAUGUCGUUAAUAAAGGCAUUGAAAACAGAGCUGGAUCAUGCCCGUUUAAAGGUAAAAGAGUUGCUUCGGGAACGACAAGCAGAUCGACAUGAAAUAGAUGGUUUGGUGAAGCAAUUCACUGAAGAUAAACUUGUAAGGAAGAGUAAAGAACAGGAUCGUAUUCAUGCUGCAAUUCAGUCUGUGAGGGAUGAGUUAGAAGACGAGAGGAAACUGAGAAAGCGAUCAGAGAGUCUACACAGAAAAUUAGCUAGGGAGCUUUCUGAGGUAAAAUCUACACUUUCUGGUGCUCUGAAAGAGCGGGAAAGAGAGAAAAAGUCGAGGAAAAUGUUAGAAGACCUGUGUGAUGAGUUUGCUAAGGGCAUAACAGAAUACGAACAAGAGGUUCGCGCUUUGAAACAGAAAGCUGAUGGUGAUUGGACUGGAAGGGCAGAUCGUGAUCGUUUGAUUCUCCAUGUAUCUGAAUCUUGGCUUGAUGAGCGGAUGCAAAUGCAGCUAGAAGAAUCUCAGUGUGGUGUUUCUGACAAGGGAUCAAUAGUGGAGAAAUUAAGGCUUGAGAUAGAAACCUUCCUUCGAGCUAAACAUAUGCAUGCUACUAAAACUGAAAAAUUGGUGUCAAGAGAGCGUAGGAAUUCACUCGAGUCUGUCCAUCUGAAUGAAGCUGUGAGUGCACCUCAAGAUGUGGAUGAUGAUGACGACGAUGAUGAUUCAUUAGGCAGUGGUUCUCAAUGUUUUGAGCUUCAAAAACCAAACAACACAGCGUUCAAAUCGAAUGGGAAUGAAGCUGAAGAUGAUUGUCUUGAUGACAAGGUGAAAGUGAGCAACACGAAGAAAAAAGACGAGUCCAGUGAGAGGAUAAAUGGGCGUAAUCCAUCUAGCUUGCAAGUUAAGUUUGAAGAAAAAAUGGCUAGGGCUGUGUCAUCUGAUGGAAACAAGAAAUCCCAGUUGGUAAAUACAGAGCUGGGGAGAAACGUAGAAGAGAAGCCAAAUGAAAUAAGUAUAUCCCAAAUGCCUGAACAUCAUGAAGCGACUGAAGAGACAAGCUAUGAGAAAACAAAGAAACAAGACGAAAUACAGCUGCUUAAUUCGAACGAAACAGUUGGAAAUCUUAUAAGAAAUCAAUAUUUGAUGUCAGAUGGAGGAAAUCUACAUCUUGAGAAUAAUAACAGCGAGGCUUCUUGCAGUAACUUGGGAUGGAGGAAUCAUGCUAGUCCAGUACGACAGUGGAUGUCAAAACUCACAUCCCCAGAACUUGACAUCCCCGAGUCUUCCUCAAAGUUGCCUGCGGGGUUGAAGGACAACACUUUAAAGGCAAAGCUUCUUGAAGCAAGAUCAAAAGGUCGACGAUUACGUCCAAAAGUUUCCAAAUUUUCCUUUUAACCACUCUCUUUUUAAGUUCUUGUUGAAGGGUGUUUAUUCAGGCCUAUUAGGUGGUGAUUGGUUCUGCAUUACUUCUCAGCUAUGGGAAGUUUUGUCAUGUGAAUAUAGGCCAUGGUACUCGCCUAGGCGGGUUCUGAAUAUCUUUGUGCUGUUACUCCCAUAACUAUUUUUAUAGUUUCAUCUUCCUCUUCUGUAAUUUUGCAAAUUCAAGCCUGUAUAUGAGUGUAAUGUUGUUUCAUAGAUAAAGACCAAUAAAAGAGACUCAAGACCAACUACAAUUUUGGA